UGUGGUGACUUUGUGGGUGACUUUUUCCGACGACUUGGCUUUUGUGUUUGUUUUGAAAAUGGAUUUUGAUGACUGUUUUACUUUUAGAUAGUUUUAACAUAUGAUUGCUUUGUUUUGUACUCCGAGAACUCAUGUAAAUACGUCUGCGUUUACUGGUAAUCGAUUAUAAUAGGUUAGCCAUAAUGGCAUUAGAAAGAAAAUGUUGUGUGCCUAAUUGUGUGUUGGACACUGAGAUUCUUCACAAAUUUCCAAAUCCAAAUAAAGACAUUGAUCGCUUUAGGACAUGGAUUUAUAAUAUUGGCGGUGACAUUUUGGCAAAAGAUAAUGAAUACAUUUAUAAAUACAGAAGAGUAUGCCACAUACAUUUUGAAGCUAAAUACCAUACCAGGAGCAAAAUGCUUAGUCCUAAUGCUGUCCCCAGACUAAAUUUAACCAGUCUGUCUUUUGUUGAAAAAGAUCCCUUGCUUGACAUUACAAACCAACCUGCAAAUAGUCCUGUUGAACCUGCUACAUCAGACGUUUCUCAUUCUGGGGAAUGCACUAUAACUGAGACUACAAAUCAAACUUUGUGUAUUGCUCCUGCUAUGGCUUCAACAUCAGCGAUCAUCAAACAACGCCCACGGAGAAAUGAACAACAGAUGCUUAAAACAAUGAAAAAAUUGCAAAAACUUAAUACUUUAUAUAAACAGAGAUUAAAAAAAGAGAAAAAUUUAGCAACAAACACAUCAUUUCAGAAGACUUUGAAUAAGUUUAAAACAUUAGGUGCCAUUUUUACAAAAAUGCAAUUUAGGGAAGUAAUUAAACCUAAAAUGGGGAGAAGAUUUACUAAAGAAGAGAAAAUAAUGGCGAUGAAUUUGUACAAGUUAGGUCCCGAAGUUUAUAGAUGGCUCAUCAAAAACGGAUUUGUUUUACCAUCUCCAAUUACAUUAAGCAGACUGCUUACCAACUUAAAAUGACAAUUGAAGGAUGCUGGUUUAAAGCCAAGGGUUAAUGAAAAAAUAGACAAACAAAAUGAAAGAUGAGGAUAAAUUACGUUAAUUUUUUAAUAAUAAGCUAUUAAUCCUCAUUUAAAGUCCGGCUGCUCAGAGAAAGCGUUUCUGUCAUGAGCGAAUGGGACAAAUUGGUCGCUCUAUAUUGACAGAUCUUUGUGAUGACAGUAAAUGUAAAGUUGCCACUCAGCAAGUUUAUUGGUUCCAUUUUUAUUAACUUUUACUAUUGUAUGU